AAGAAGAUGAAGAGAUUGCAAAGGGUUUGUAUGCAUGCAUUGCAAGGUUAGUCCCGGAUGUCAAAGACCAAGACAAAAUUACUGAGGAGCUGUCCUUAUAUUCUAAAGCUGAGGGCCUCUUUGGUAAUCCCUUUGCUAUUAGACAGAGAAGUACACGAGGACCAGCUAAUUGGUGGGAAGCUUAUGGCAAGUCAACAAAACUUCUCCAAAAGUUUGCUAUAAAGGUUUUAAGCCUUACUUGCAGUUUUUCUGGUUGUGAACGAAAUUGGAGCGUGUUUGAGCAUCUUCAUAACAAGAAAAGAAAUAGGCUCGCUCAAACAACGUUGAAUGAUUUAGUGUUCAUCAAAUAAUAGAGCAUUGAGGCGUCGAUAUAAUAUGCGUGACACUCUUGAUCCCAUUUUACUCGAUGACAUUGAUGAGAGCAACGAGUGGUUGACGGGGAGGAUGGAUGAUUCUGAUGCAGAACAUGAUCUAGUCUAUGAAGAUGAUUCCUUGACAUGGGGUGAUGUUGCUAAUUUUGCUGGUAUUGGAGAGGCAAGCAGGCCGCAACGGUCUACUAGAUCAAAAUCUAGUUCUAGUUCACGGUUACCAACAAAGGGAGCAGGAAGUUCUUCAGUUCGACUUGUGGAUGAGGAUGAGGAUGAUUCAGAUGAGAUAGUAGAGGAUCCUGAGAAUUAUGAAUCAUUUAGUGACGAUCAAAAUGAUGUUAUGCUUAUUGAUGACGAGGAUAAUAUUUAGAUUCAUUGGUGUUGUCUUCUUAGGAAGAAUGAUGUUUAUGUUUGUUUUAGUUUUAUCUUAUACUUCUCCUUAGUUGACUUUUGCAUCUUUAUGUUAAUAUGUUUGAUUAUUCA